AUGAGUAGUCAGCUUGAGACCAUGAGAAGUCAACAAGAGAACUGCAAAAAGCUGAAGGGGAAACAGCUUUUCCUCCGCUGGCAUCCAGUAUCCAAAGCCCUGAACGCUAAAAUUGACCUGGCGACGCCAAAGAGAAAGAACUUCCCUGCUGCAAAGAAGCAGCAGGAGCUGCACAGCGAACAGCAGCAGGCGAACAAGGGAUCAAGAAACACUGUCCUUGGACAAAUCAGGAUGCUGGACGAGCAGCUCAAGUCUCGGACCAUGCACAAGACUGUUUAG